UCGAAACUUCGUUCCCGAUAUUCACGCACCGACAAAACAAAAGUUUUGCAAAUUAGUCAAUUUUAAAUAAAAAGCCUCUUAAAAUUUUAGAAAAUUUAUUAUAGUUAUAAUUAGACUUUUGUCAUUUGUCUCUUCAUUAAAAGAAUACUCAAGAGAGCUCAUUUUUCGUAGUUAAAAUCUAAAACAAAUCAACAUAAACAUAGAAAUUAGGCGCGAAAAUGGCAAAUUUAGAAUCUUUUGUGUGUGAGGCUGUGGAUGCAGUUAAAUUCAAGCUAAUUCGCGAUAGAUCCGAUGUCAACGAUCCUGACAAUGGAUUUAAGCCUGAAAUGGCUCAUCAAGUAUUUGGAGAGACGGAAAAUAUUUUCGGAUAUAAAGAUCUUCAGAUUAAUGUGUAUUUUUCUGCAGAUGAAUUGGAUAUCUAUUAUGAUGUCAAAUAUACCACUAAGGUCGAUGACUUAACCAACAAUCAAGGCUUGAAAGCUGAUAAUGUCAAUGUCAUAACUGAAUUUUUUCCUACUGGAUAUUACACAAACCUCGAAGAAUUCUUAAAUGUUAGUGAAAAGAAGUCAAAAAUGUUUGAGCCAGCUGGAGAAAUGAUUUGUGAGUUUAAAACUGACGAACGAACAUUCCAAAUUCAUUUGUGUACGUCAACAACAUCAAAUUUCCUUAAAUAUCAUGAAAGAUUAGAAUCAUUUCUCUUUUGGUACGUUGAUGCUUCAAGUCGGAUUGCACAAGAUGACCGAUGGCGUUUCUUUGUUGUGUUUGAAAAAUUUGUAAACAAUGAAGGUGAGACGCGCUACGCAUCUGUUGGCUACGCUUCAGUUUAUCAAUAUUAUCAUUACCCGGAUAAGAUUCGUCCACGAGUCUCUCAGUUUUUGAUUCUUCCUCCAUUUCAACGUAAAGGAAUUGGCUCCAAAUUGUUGCAGACUAUUUACAAACAUUAUCAAAACAAUGAGAAAGUUUGCGAUAUAACAGUCGAGGAUGCAAGUGAAGAUUUUCAAAGACUUCGAAACACAAUUGAUGCUCGCAUGCUCAAAACAUUACCGGCGUUCGUUGUAGACAAUCUCAAGAAAGGCUUCAACAUGGCAAUGGCACAAGAGGCCAAAGAUAAGUUUAAGAUCAAUCCAAAGCAGUCACGAAUCGUUUGUGAAAUUCUUCGCUUGGGUGUCAUAGACACGAAUAAUAAAGCGGAGUAUAAAGCUUAUCGCAUUGAUGUUAAAAAACGAUUGAACAUGAAUUAUUUGAAAGAGAAACGUGACAUGAAGAAACUAACUGAUCGAGGUUUUAAAGUACCAGCUGACAAGAAACUUCUUUUACCAUCGGUGGAAGAAAACAUGGAGCAGCUGGAAGGGAUGUACAGAGAAACUGAAGACUACUAUCGAGGCGUACUAGAAAGAGUUUAAAACCUUGCAUUGCAAUGUCGCGUAAUUUAUGUUGUCACUUUUGAAACUUUUUCCAUUUUCAUUUAUUGUUAUCUUUCAAGCUUGAAAUUUAAAAAUUAAAGUUUUUCUUUGAAACAAA